AUGUCUACUGAGCCCAUCGCAGUCAUUGGCAGUGGCUGCCGAUUUCCCGGACAGGCGGAUUCACCCGCCAAACUCUGGGAAUUACUAUCAAAGCCCCGAGACGUCUUGCGCGGGAUUCCCGCGGAUCGCUACAAUGCAGAUGGAUUCUAUCAUCCAGACGGAUUGCAUCAUGGCACUAGCAACGUUCGACAUGCUUAUACGUUGACGGAGGAUGUACGGAAGUUCGACGCCAGCUUCUUCCAGAUCAGCGCCAACGAAGCGGCGGCUAUCGAUCCCCAACAGAGGCUCCUGCUUGAGGUUGUUUACGAAGCUCUAGAAGCCGGCGGUUUGCCGGUAGAGAGCCUCAAGGGGUCGAAUACCGCUAUCAUUGUGGGACAGAUGUGCGCUGACUACAACGACAUUCUUACGCGCGAUAUGGAUACACUUCCGACUUACUUUGCAACUGGAACCUCCCGUGCGAUAUUGGCAAAUCGAGUCUCGUAUGCGUUUGACUGGCAUGGCCCUUCCUGGACGAUAGAUACCGCAUGUUCAUCCAGUUUGGUCGCCGUUCACCAAGCAAUCCAGGCUCUCCGGGCUGGCGAGUCUUCCGUUGCCGUGGCUGCUGGUUCGAAUCUUCUUCUUGGACCUGAGCCGUACAUUGCCGAAAGCAACCUGAAAAUGCUCUCACCCGACGGUCGAUCCCGCAUGUGGGAUGAUAGUGCGAAUGGUUACGCCCGUGGUGACGGUGUCGCUGCGAUCGUUAUGAAGAAGCUAUCAACGGCACUGGAGGAUGGCGACAAUAUUGAAUGUGUGAUAAGAGCCACAGGUGUCAACCAGGAUGGGCGGACGAAGGGUAUCACCAUGCCUAGCAGCGAGUCUCAAGCUGAAUUGAUUCGCAAAACAUACGAAACCGGUGGCUUGGAUAUCGUCAAAGACCGGCCGCAAUUCUUCGAAGCCCACGGCACGGGCACCAAAGCAGGAGAUCCGCAAGAGGCGAGGGCUAUUUUCAAUGCCUUCUUUGGACCGGGAGCAGACGCGGACGAACAUGCCAGUCUGAAAGUUGGCUCCAUUAAGACGAUUAUCGGACACACGGAGGGUACUGCCGGUUUGGCCGGUUUCUUGAAAGCUUCCUUGGCACUUCAACAUGCUCAGAUUCCUCCCAACAUGCAUUUCCACACCCUGAACCCCGAGAUUGAGCCGUAUUGGACGCGCCUGCGUAUUCCGACUGAGCUGCAACAGUGGCCAGCCCACUCAGGCCUAAUUCGUCGAGCCAGCGUCAACAGUUUCGGGUUCGGUGGCACGAACGCGCACGCAGUCUUAGAGAGCUAUUCAAAUAUUCAGCAGCAGCGUCUCAAACACACCGACUCUGUCAUAAUGCCAUUUGUCUUCUCCGCACAGACUGAAUCGGCUCUGGCCGACGUGAUGGAAAGGUUUGCCAAUCAUCUUCAACAGCACCCCGAUACCAAUCUCGCCGACCUUGCGUGGACACUGUACCUGCGUCGGAGCUUGUGGCCAAUCCGAGCUGGCUGUUCUGGGAUCAAUGCCACGGAUUUGGCUAAUAACCUCCAUAUCAGCGCGGAUAAGAUUCGGACUGGCAGUCAGUCCCCUGUCAUGAAGCCUCUCAGUAUCGGCCAAGCGCAGCCACGUGUGCUAGGCGUCUUUACCGGACAAGGAGCUCAGUGGCCCGCGAUGGGGCGCGAACUUAUCAGAAACUCCCUUUGGCUAGAGCGUCGCGUGGACGAGUUGGAAGACGCUUUAUCCCGUCUACCCGAGGAGGAUCGUCCGACGUGGUCGCUGAAAGAGGAAAUGCUAUCUCCUGCGGCCAAGGUUGGAGAAGCGCGUCUAUCCCAGCCGUUGUGCACUGCAGUCCAGAUUCUUCUUGUGGACUGCUUGAAAGCAGCCGGGAUUGAGUUCUCCGCAGUUGUCGGUCACUCGUCUGGCGAGAUCGGAGCAGCAUAUGCCGCCGGGUGUAUCUCGGGCGAGGCGGCCAUGUGGAUCGCGUACUAUCGCGGACUGCACACGGCCCAGGCAGGUGGCCGACAGGGAGAGCCGGGAGGUAUGCUUGCCGUCGGAACAUCUAUGGAAGACGCCCAAGAGCUGUGCGAGUUACCCACCUUUGCCGGCAGACUGACGAUCGCUGCUAGCAACUCCGCGGCGAGCGUGACAAUGUCGGGCGAUGUGGAUGCUAUCAAACACGCACAACUUGUCUUCCAGGAUGAGAAAAAGUUCGCGCGCUCGUUGAUUGUCGACAAAGCCUAUCACUCUCACCAUAUGCGCCCUUGUGCGGGUCCUUAUGGGAGCUCCUUGGAGGCCUUGGGGAUCCAGGUGAAGGAGCCUCGCUGCUCUUGGUAUUCGAGUGUGUAUGACGGCGAUCUGAUAACCUGCUCUCAAGGCCUCAAUGGACAAUAUUGGGUCGAGAACAUGUGCCGACCGGUGUUGUUCUCACAGGCACUCACCAAGGCAGUCCAACAGUCCGAUGAUUCUUAUCAUCUGGUUCUCGAGGUGGGUCCGCAUCCAGCGCUGAAGGGACCUGCAACUACGACUAUCCAGGACGCCCUCAAACGGGAGCUCCCCUAUACAGGGUUGCUGCAGCGCAAUUCCCAUGAUACAAGAGCGUUUGCCGAUGCCAUGACUUUUAUAUGGGGUCGGUUUGGACGUGAUGUAUUGAAGCUUCCCACUCUGCAAGCGGCCUUUUCGGACAACGAUGAAGGAUACCAGCUCGUACGGUAUCUGCCGUCCUACCCCUGGGACCAUAGUCGACCUUUCUGGCAUGAAUCCCGCGUUAUACAUGAUGAGCUUUUUCGCGACUCUUUCCCACAUCCCCUGCUGGGCAAUCGUCAAACAAGCAACCCGGAUCAUGUUGAAUGGCGGAAUAUCCUAUCCGUCAAAGAGAUCCCUUGGCUACAGGGACACUCCUUGCAGGGGCAAACCAUUUUUCCGGCCUCGGGGUACAUUUCAAUGGCAGUUGAAGCAGGUAGGUCCGUUGCUGGGCCCGAGCAUAGCAUAUCCCUGAUAGAGGUUCUUGACCUCAUCAUCGAGCGGCCCAUCACAUUCGACGAGGGUGAUGCUGGCGCAGAUGUUGUCGUGACACUCGCAAACAUCACACGUGAAUCACAAGAAGGCUCUGGACUCUUGACCGCCACGUUCAACUGCCAUAUCACUGCUGGUCGGGGAUCCAAGUCUCUCAUCAUGGCAGCGCAUGGCCGCGUCUGUGUCACACUGGACACUCCUCACGACGAGACCCUCCCUUCUGCACGCCAAGUGUUUGAGGAUGUUAUCCAGGUGGACAAGGAAAGGUUCUAUGACGGGUUGAAAGAGCUCGGCUAUGAGUACACUGGGCCCUUCAGAGCACUAGAUAACUUGGCACGAUACCUCAAUCUCAGCACCGGUGUUGUUUAUCAGCCUACAUCUGACUCCGAAAGUCUUGGUGACGUGCUUGUUCACCCUGCAAUGUUGGACGCCUCUUUCCAGUCGGUGUUUCUGGCAUACAGCUGGCCGGGAGAUGGCCGUCUUUCGUCGCUGCACGUACCGACCAGCAUCAAAAAGGUGCAGGUAAAUCCGGCAUUGUGUGCAACCUCCGUGAAGAAGCUUUACUUCCACACCGAGUCUGAGGAAGGCUCGAAGGCUUCCAUAAAUGGAGAUAUCGCGUUGUCGCGCACAGCUAAUGAGCCUGCCGCUAUUCGAGUCGAGCAGAUCACUGUCGUUCCAGUCGUCCCACCUACGCCUGCGGACGACAGAGCACUCUUCGCGAGUGAAAUCUGGGAGAAUUCUGACCUUAAUGACCCGGCCCUUGUCUCUUCGCCACCCUCAGUUGAGGAGGAGAAGAAGGGAAGGGAGAUCAUUGCAGCCGCAAACAAGUAUCUUGUCGACCUCUGUAGCCUCGAUGAGCCCACGGAUAAAUAUUCUCUUGGUAUCGCCAGGAUCAAGAGCCACCUGCAUGUACUUGCUAAGUCACAGGAGGAGGGCUCUACCUCAAUCGAGGGAGCAGACUCCGGUGCUGAACAAUCCAAUUGGUCCGACUCUGGGGAUAUCGAUCUAACUAUCUUGAGUGACAUUGUCAACUCCCUAUCCCAGGGUGUCCCAGAAAAUACAACUAGCCAUGUGCAGAGACUCUGGGGAACCGAUAUUCUUUCCCAAUACUUUCGACAAGGUUUGGGGGUGACUAGCUCCAACAGUCUGUUGGGCCGGUUGCUUCGUCGUUUAUCUCAUCGCUAUCCGGCAAUGAAUGUUGUUGAACUCAAUGCGAGCAACCUAAGCUUGACAGAAUCACUCUUGCGAGACAUCAACCCAGGCUUUUCAUCUUAUACCCUCGCCACGCCUAAGUCUCGCAUGGAGGUCUUCAACGAGAUCGCGCCCUCUAAUGCACGGAUGAGCAUCUCAGCGAUAGAGUUCAAUAGGGAACUUGAGGAGCAGGGAUUCGCAGCCAAUCAGUCCGACCUGAUUAUAGCCACUUUGGUACUUAGCGAUGUCCCCGUUGAUGAUAUGCUAAAGACCGCUAGGCGCUUGGUCCGCCCUGGGGGCUAUCUUUUCUUGCAGGUCGUGGGAGAAAUGGCACGCUUUGAUAUCCUGGGUGAUAACGCGGAGACGAUGCCGCUAACAGUUCCGGAAUGGCAUCGUCAGCUUCGACAACAAGGGUUCGCUGGCAUAGACGCACUUUACUCAUCCUCUGCUGGUCAGCCAUUGAGUGUCAUUGUCAGUCAGGCAACAAAUGAGAGAGUCGCGCUCUUGCGCCAACCGCUCCUCAGCACUUCAUCCGACUUGGGCCACUCAGAAGUCGUUCUAAUUGGAGGUACGAAGAUGUCCACACUCAGACUGAUUGAGGAUCUGUCUGUCCAUUUAUCUUCCAAGUUCUCCCGAAUUACGAGACGCGACUCCUUGGAUGACUUGGCCGACAACCCAAUCAAUGCUCUCAGCACAAUCGUCUGUCUCAGCGAUUUGGAUAGUCCCACAUUCAAGAAUCUGCAAGACGAUGCAUGGAACACGCUGAAGACGCUUUUCGACCAAUCGCAGAAUAUCCUCUGGCUACUCCGAGGGGCGCGUAGCAGCGAACCAUACUGUAACGCUACUGUCGGCUUUGGGCGGACUGCGAGGCUGGAAAUGCCGCAUGUGAACCUCCAAUUGUUGGAUAUAGGGAAUGAUAUCGAGGCAGCCGACGCGCGAGUUAUCGCAGAGCAUGCUUUGCGUCUCUGUCUCUUUAGUGAGGUGGGGCAGGAUCCGGCCAGUGCUUCGUCUGUGCUCUGGUCGAACGAGCCUGAGCUUCUGAUAAAAGAUGGCAAGGUAUUGAUUCCUCGUGUUAUUCCACACAAGGCCCAGAACGAUCGGUAUAACACAUCAAGACGGCUGGUGACCCAGUCUGUCAACCCUUCCGAGACUGCAGUCUGCCUGCGAAGAACCUCGGACGAGAUUACUAUUCAUCUGGACCACUUGCCGCAGUUGUCGCCAGCGGACAAUAUGAUACUGGUCAACGUUAUUUAUUCCGCCGCGCAACCACUCACUCUAGCGUCUGGCGAGACUUGGUACAUCGUCUUUGGCCGCUGCAACGUUUCGAACAGGACGCUAUUUACGCUGGCUCCUAGACUAGCCAGUCAGAUCGCUGUGGAGAAAGGACUUUGCAUUGUCCAUGGAGAUAAGGACCAGCAGGUCAUCCCCGCUGACCUCGUCCUUACUGAGUAUUUGACAAAGCGUCUGCUCAUCCAAAGCAGCCUGCAGAACGCUGUUCCCCAGAGCAGCGUCAUCGCUUUCGACACCGAUCCCAGUUCUCGAAUCAUUCUCUCCAGCCUUGCUCAAGCUCAUGGAUAUAACAUGGUCUGGGCCACGCACGCCAAGACGAGUAAUCCAGACGACGCCGUUCUUCAUCGCAGAGCCAAUGAUCGAGAGUUGAAGGCAGCAAUCCCUACCCGACCAUCAGUCGUUCUCGAUUUCUCGCAAUCGCCCCGAUAUGACUCUGCGGCCCGUCGUCUCUCGGCCAUGUAUGAUUGCCGGCUGAUUGAGGUGCACCAAUUGCGAAGCGCAGGAUCCUUUACUCUUCCCCACAACAACGGCGUGGCAGCACUCCAGCAAGCGUACGAGCAGUUCCACAUCGACAAGGCUGGUGAUGCUUCUUCAUCCUCCGGGCAUCUUCUUAAUCUCGCGGCGUUGCCGCCGACCAUCGAUUCUCCUUAUGUCCUUAUCGACUGGCAGGCACGAUCUGUCGUGGCCCAACUGGAACCCGCUGAAGCACAGCCUUUGUUCCACGCUGACCGGACUUAUAUGCUCGUAGGUCUUACCGGUGGAUUGGGACUGUCGCUAUGUGAGUGGAUGGUCCGACUGGGAGCUCGACACCUAGUCAUCACCAGUCGGAAGCCCAAGGUGGAUGAGAAGUGGAUACAAUCCCUGCGUCGCGAGGGAGCAGUGGUCACGGUAAUUGCCAGCGACAUCACGGACCGCCAAUCUAUACAGACACUAUACGAGCAGCUGAAGGAGACAGGCCCACCUAUCGCCGGCGUGGUCAACGGAGCCAUGGUUCUUCGGGACUCCUCGAUCUACGACAUGGAUGCCGAGAAGAUGCGCGCGGUGCUGCGCCCCAAGAUCGACGGCAGCCGAUACCUCGAUUCCAUCUUCACAGCGCGCCACCCUCUCGACUUCUUCAUCAUGCUAUCAUCUCUAACGGGUGCCUGCGGCAAUAGUGGGCAAGCCAACUACACAACGGCCAACAUGUUCAUGGCCGGGCUUGCAGCGCAACGCAAAGAGCGGGGCCUGGCUGGCUCAGUAAUCGAUAUCGGGGCCAUGAUGGGUGUGGGCGUGCUGGUGCGUGACCGUAGCUACGCCCUGCAGGUACAACUGCGCGACUACGGCUAUCUGUGGAUGUCUGAGUACGACUUCCACCAGAGCUUCGCCGAAGCCAUUCUGGCCGGCCGGCCGGACAACGCGCUGGAGAACCCGCAGGUAUUGGCGGGCAUCCGGCUCUGUCGCCGGGAUCAGUUGAAUACCGUGCAGUGGGCGCAGAAUCCUCGCUUCUCCCACUGUAUCCUGCCGACCGAGUCGGUCUCAUCUUCUGCCCAGGGACAGGCGCAGUCAAUGGUUCCCCUUACGACGCGUGUGGCUGAGGCGGCUGACGAGACUGAGAUUCGACAGAUUGUGGAGGAUGCCUUCUUGAGUAAACUUGUCAUGACUCUGUCUUUGCCGGAUCUCGAGGAUGUGCAGGCCCGCGCCAGAUUGCUCAGUCAGGGUGUGGAUGAGCUCGGGGUUGACUCCCUUGUCGCGGUAGACAUUCGGUCGUGGUGGCUGCGUGAGCUGCGGGUGGAUAUGCCUGUGCUGAAGAUUAUGGGAGGCACUUCAAUCACCGAUUUGAUCGCUUACGCGGUCAAGCAGCUCCAGCCUACAGCCAUUGAGGCGAGUGCUACUGAACUACCCGAGAAGGCCUUGGAGCUGGUUGACGAAGCUUCGAAGCAGGUCGAGGAAACUCCCAAGCAAAUAGAAGAGGAGACUGCAUCUAUGAACUCCACUGAGCGCUCGGACGCCGAAAUGAUAUCUACUCCUUUGGACGGGUCGAUUCUGUCCAUGGCCACCAGCGAGCCAUACACCACCAAGACUGACCUACCGCCUGUCAUGCAACGUGAGCCCAUGUCGUACGGGCAACGUCGAUUCUGGUUCUUGUCCAAGUACCUCGAAGACAGGACGACGUUCAACAUCACCUGCUUGAUCCGACUCACCGGAGCUCCUUCUACGGACGCCUUGGCACGAGCCGUCGACGCACUCGGCGACAGACAUACCGCCUUGCGGACUUGCUUCUUCGAGGGAGAGGAAGGCGAAACGUGGCAAGGCAUUCUGCCCGAAUCCACGUUGAAAUUGGAGAUGGGCUCCGUCCGGAACUAUGAUGAGGCCGUUGAACAAUUCCAUCUCAUGCACGCGCACGUAUACAACCUCACCAUGGGUGAAGUUAUGCGCAUCAUGUUCUUGUCGGGUCCCUCUCAGACCCACUAUAUCCUCAUAGGAUACCACCACAUUAACAUGGAUGGGAUUAGUCUGCAGGUAGUCCUGAAAGAUCUCGAAGCGGUCUACAGCGGAAGGGCUUUGGGGUCCGAACCACUUCAAUAUCACCAAUUCUCAACCUGGCAGUACCAACAGGUAGAGAGCAACACCUCUCGAUCAGAUAUCGAGUACUGGCGCAAUGAACUGCGCGAUAUGCCGGAUUGCCUCCCCAUCUUAUCUGUCUCUACACGGUCCACACGCCAACCAAUGCUGCGAUAUGCGCAUCAUCGCGUGGACUUCAAGGUCCCGCGGUCUCUCGGGGCGAAGAUCAAACAAGUCGCACGCAAACAUCGGGCGACCUCUUUCCAUUUCUAUCUGUCCGUAUUCAAGGCGUUGCUGUACCGUUUCUCAGAGAGUCACAACCUUGUUAUCGGAGUGGCAGACGGCAACAGAAACCAUCUCAGUGGCGCACCCGACAGUGUGGGUUUCUACUUGAACCUUCUACCAAUCUGUUUGCGCGCAGAUGGCCACAGUCGAUUCGCGAAGACCCUUGAAGAGGCACGUACCCAAGCGCAUUCGGCCCUGGCGCAUUCCCAAGUCCCCAUCGACGUGCUAUACAAUGAGCUGCGGAUCACCCGAUCAUCUUCAUACACUCCUUUAUUCCAGGCUUUUGUGAACUAUCGACAAGGUGCGGAGGAAAGUCUGCCCUUUGGGGACUGCCGCCUCGAAGGCGAUAAAUAUGAAAUCGGGAAGACGGGGUUCGACAUCAGCUUGGAUGUGAUCGAGAACGCGCAGUCUGAUGCUACGAUCAUGCUUGUAACGCAGAGUUAUUUGUACUCGGCGGAGCAGACUGAGGUCCUGGCGGCCAGCUUCAAGCAGCUGCUGAACGCCUUCAGCCAGGAUGCCGAAACACCGCUAGAUGAAGCGCAGCUGUACGCGGCCGAGGAUGUUGAUAAAGCCGUGGUGCUGUCACAGGGCCCGAAAUAUGCGCUGCAGUGGAAAGGCACCCUGGUUGACCGAGUUGACGAAAUGGUUGCUCGCUUCCCCGAACGGCCCGCGCUCGAGGACGGUUCGCGAUCUUUGACAUACGCGAAGAUGUCUGCCCAUGUGCACGCCAUCGCUGCACUCCUGUUGAAGCACGGUGCAGUCCCCGGUUGGAAAGUGGCUGUGUUCCAACAGCCUACCAUCGACUGGGUCUGUUGCAUGUUGGCAGUCGCCCUGAUAGGAGCGGUAUAUGUCCCGUUUGACCCAAAGCUUUCACUCCCCCGACUCCAGCGAAUCGCCCAAAGCUGCAAGCCGGAGGUCGUUCUUUUCCACUCAGCUACCGCCAAGAAUGUGCCUGAGCUGCUAGCAGGGCAGCCCGACGUGAUCUCCAUUGACGUCGGUGGGGCGCAGAUGAGGAACCAAACUACGGUCGCGAAUCAAUCAAAGCCAGAUUCGGCCAUGUUCAUCCUGUACACAAGUGGCUCCACAGGCCAACCCAAGGGAGUCAUCCUCUCUCAUUCGGCAAUUGCCCAUAAGAUCGAAACAUCAAGCCAGAUGUUCGCGCUCGGACCAGAGGUGGCAAUGCUUCAGCAGAGUGCGCUCACGUUCGACAUGUCCGUUGCGCAGGCCUUCAUGGCCCUAUGCAAUGGUGGGCGCCUGUUCCUACUCCAAAGGGAAUACCGUAGCGACCCAGCCGCGAUCCUCGAUCGGAUCCUAAAACAUGGACUGACUCAUACCAUGGCAACACCCUCGGAGUACGAGAGCUGGCUGCAACUCGCCAACUCCCAGCCCCAGCAAGCGUCCGCCCUUGCUACGUCCAAAUGGCAAGUUCUCUUUUCGGGUGGUGAAAAGAUCAGCGACAGCCUCAAGCGCGAGCUCCGGACGCUAAACAAGCACGAUUUGCACUUGCAGAACGUGUACGGGCCGACAGAGGUGAGUAUUUUCUCGCACUCGUUCGAGGUCGACUACCGUUCACUUUCCAAUGACCCCGUGCCUUUGGGCCCUGUCAAUAUGAAUUACUCGGCUUUUGCGGUGGAUCGAAAUCUAAAGCCGGUGCCGGUAGGGGUGCCGGGCGAAAUCCUCAUCACCGGUCCCGGAAUUGCGCUCGGAUACCUGAAUAACGAGGACCUGACCCGUGAGAGAUUCGUUCGGUUCACGCUUCCGCGAUCCAGGUCCGUGGGCGUCAGGGACAGUGAUGUGCAAGGGUAUCGCACCGGUGAUCGCGGCAGGUUGCGACCAGACGGUAUGUUGGAUUUCGAAGGCCGGAUCGGCGGAGAUACGGAGAUCAAGCUCCGAGGCCUGCGCAUGGACCUGAACGAUAUCGAACACGUAUUACUUGAGGCGGGGCAAGGACGACUGACGACGGCCAUCGUCACGGUUCGAGGAGACACUGACGCGCAGUACCUCUUAGCGCAUGUGGUGUUUCAUCGCGAACAGCAACAGCAGUUGAGCUCGGAGGAGCAACGAGCGUUCGUCGAUGCUCUCACGCCGCGCUUGCCUUUGCCCCAGUACAUGUGGCCGGCAGCGGUUAUCAUUGCCGACUCGUUGCCCGUCAACUCACAUGGCAAGGUAGACCGACGAGCGAUCGAGGCCCUACCCUAUCAUGCCACUAUCCCGAUCGACACCUCCGACACUGAACCCAGUCUCACUGAAGAAGAGGAGCAUCUCCGGAUACUGUGGAGACAGGUCCUCCCCACUGAAGUAGCCCAGCUGCAUCAAAUCGGCCCCAAGUCAGACUUCUUCCACGUGGGGGGUAACUCAAUACUCCUCGUUAAACUUCAGCAAUCCAUCGUUCAAGCCUUUGGUCGAAAGAUCGCGUUGGUCGAGUUAUUCGAGCGGGCAACUCUAGCCCAGAUGGCCGCGUACAUCACCAGUCCCAAUGCCAGCGACGAAACCCGGGGCAGGAUCGACUGGGCCAAAGAAAUCGCCCUCGACGCAGACCCCACGGAAGCUCAAUUCCCACAGCCUAAACCACGCCGCAAUCCCCAAGCCCAAACCAUCAUCCUCACAGGUGCAACCGGAUUCCUCGGCCAAGUCCUCCUCCAACAACUCCUCGCCGACCCGACCAUAAAAAUGAUCCACUGUAUCGCUGUCCGAACCCCAUCCCGCCUGCUAGCCAGCAUCUCCCCAGACUCCGUGUCCCGGGUGAUGAUCCACCCAGGCGACCUCGGCCUCCCUCUCUGCGGCCUCGACGCCGAAACCAGCGACCACAUCUUUGCCUCAGCAGACACGAUCAUCCACAACGGCGCAGACGUGCACUUCCUGAAAACUUACCCAACCAUGCACGCCGUCAACGUCGCCUCCACAAAGUGGCUAGCGCACCAGGCCCGCACUCACCACCUAGCCCUGCACUUCGUCUCGACAGCCAGCGUGAUCCAAUUCGCCCCGUCGUCAGAAACCAGCCGAGGAUUCCCCGCUACCUCCGUGGCAGCCUUCCUACCACCAACCACCGAGGGUAGCGGAGGCUACGCAGCCAGCAAGUGGGUGAGCGAGAUGUACCUCGAGCAGGCAAGUCAGCAGUGGGGCGUAGACGUGCACAUCCACCGGCCGACGGCCAUCACGGGCGCUGGGACACCAGAGCAAGACAUUUUCCCCAACGUGGUGCGCUUCUCGCGGGAGAUGAGAGCAGUUCCUGUAUUGCGUAGCCUUCUAGCGGGCUGGCUUGAUUUCGUGGAUGUGGAGAACGUCGCUCGGCGGAUCCUCGCGUCGGUGUCUAGCGACCACGACCGGGACGAACACGCAACGCAGGCGGAUGGAAACCUGGCCAAGUUCCACCAUCACGCAGGGGACGUGGUGGUGCCCGUGGAAGGGUUCCACGAUCAUUUGGCGAAAGAGACUGGGGAGGAGAUUCGGACACUGGAGCUCGCAGACUGGGUUCAGCAGGCGGUGCAGGCGGGGAUGAGUCCCAUGGUUGGAGAGUAUCUCAACUUGUUGGCAGCGCAGCAGGAGGCGAUUUUCUUGCCCUUGGUGUUGCUUUCUUGA